AUGUCAUUCCUCAUCCAGCGGCUCGAGCAUCGGCGAGACUGCCAGGCAAAGCAGGACGAGCGUGCCCACCGCGUCCUGGGGCUCUCCCACCUCCGCGGGCCCUUCACAAAGGCCGACAGAGCCAUCUUAGACAGACCCAUAGAAGACCUCGUCCAGGAUGUACACGACAAGGUCCUCGAUCCGGUAGACCUGCUGCACACCUACGGCAAGGUCGCCCUCAAGGCCCACGACAAGACAAACUGCGUCACCGAGAUCAUGAUUCCAGCGGCUGAGAGCUGGCUGCAGGACGGAUCAAUCAACCUCAAGGGGCCCCUAGCUGGUAUCCCCGUCAGUCUCAAGGACACCAUCUGCGUCGGCGGCUUCGAUACCACUGUCGGCUUCAGCAGCUUUGUUGGCAACAAGGAAUCCAAGGACGGCGCGGUGGUCAGGCUGCUCAAAGACGCCGGUGCGGUGCCCUACGUCAAGACCAAUCUGCCUAUCACAAUGCUGAGCUUCGAGUCGGCCAACGAUGUCUGGGGUCGAACUACAAAUCCCUACAACAGCAAGUACACACCGGGUGGCUCAACAGGUGGCGAAGCGGCGCUCCUCGCUCUAGGCGGUCGGAUUGGGGUUGGCAGUGAUGUCGCCGGCAGUGUAAGAGUGCCUGCACACUUCUCGGGCAUCUACAGCUUGCGACCCUCGACUGGGCGUUGGCCCAAACUCGGCUUUCGCACCAGUAUGCCCGGCCAGGAGGGUGUGCCCAGCGUCUACGGACCAAUGACAAGGACGCUCAAUGACCUCACCUAUUUCACUCGCGCCGUGAUGAGCAUGGAGCCUUGGAAAUACGACUACUGGGUGCACCCAAUGCCAUGGAGGCCUGACGUCGAGAAGAAAUUCGCCAAGUCAAAAAAGCUCCGGGUCGGUGUCAUGAGGACGGAUGGCGUCGUCGACCCGUCACCAGCGUGCCGUCGCGCGCUCGAGAUGACCGAGACAGCUCUGCGCAAGGCGGGCCACGAGAUUGUCGAGGUCACCAACCCGCCGUCUCCCUACGAGGCCUUGUAUCUUGGUGCUCAUCUCCUCAACGCCGAUGGCUGCCAGAUGUUCAAGUCAUUCUUCCGCUACGGAGAGAAGAAUGACCCUGGUGCGCACCAAAUGGACUGGCUCAUGAGAUUCCCCAACCCGUUCAAAUAUCUGUACUACCUCUGGGUCAAAUACGUGCGACGCGAUGACGUCUGGGCCGGCCUCAUCAAGAACUGGCGGGCCAAGUCGGCCUACGAGAACUGGCAGCUCGUUGCACGGCGAGAGGCUUACAGAACAGAGUGGUUCGAAUGGUGGAAUGCCCAAGGCUUUGAUUUCUUGCUUACGCCACCAAAUGCGACACCCGCUGUGCCGCACGAGGGCAUGCAUGACGCCGUGAGCAGCUGCGGUUAUACUUUCCUGUUCAAUCUGCUCGACUACACGGCCGGCAUCAUCCCUGUAACGCACGUCGACAAAGACCUCGACAAGCUCCCUCCGUCUUUCGACAUCAAGAAGCUCAACGGCGUUGCCCAGGGUGCAUACAAGCUCUACGAUGCCGAGGACAUGCAUGGUCUUCCCGUGGGCGUGCAAAUCGUGGGUCGCCGAUUAGAAGAGGAGAAGGUCUUGGCGAUUAUGAAGCGGGUGGAGGAUGCUUUGGGAGAUGACAAGUUCAAGCUGCUAGAGAUAGACUGA